AUCCAAUUUUCUAUUUGGACAAAAUCUCUCAAUUUCUUCUUUCUUUUUACUCUUUAAUAAUUCCAUUAUUAAUUCUAAUUGCCCUUUGUGUUUAUGGUUUUUCUAGGGUUCUUAUUCUUAUAAAAUAUUGUACAUUUGUUGCAUGCAUGGCUCUCAUGAGGCUCGGCUCCAAAUCUGAAGCUUUCCAUCGGGAAGGCCAAACAUGGCUUUGCAGCACUGGGCUUCAAUCUGAUAUUACCAUUCAGAUUGGAGAAAUGUCUUUCAAUCUUCACAAGUUUCCAUUGCUGUCGAGAAGUGGGCUACUCGAGAAGCUUAUCGAAGAGCUUCCCGAAAUUGAUGGCUCAGCUCGCUCUCUGAACCUCGAUGAUAUGCCUGGUGGUGCUAAAGCAUUUGAGUUUAUAAGCAAAUUUUGCUACGGCGUAAAAGUAGAGCUCACAGCCCUGAACAUAGUCAGCGUAAGAUGUGCAGCAGAGUACCUUCGGAUGACCGAAGAGUACGGAGAAGGAAAUCUGAUUAUGCAAAGCGAAACGUUUCUGAAUGAAGUCUUCGGAAUAUGGGAAGAAUCUUUAAAAGCUCUCGAAACAUGCGAAGAAGUUCUGAUUUAUGCAGAACAACUUCAUAUUGUGUCGAGGUGCAUCGAUUCUUUAGCAAUUAAAGCUUGCGUGGAUCCAAUAGUGUUCAAUUUGCCUCCGCCAGGACAACUUCAUAACAUCAACUCGCAGAACGAGAGUACUAAUGUAGUCGUUUGGAACGGAAUCGCGGUUUCCACGAAACCAGAACAGAUUGGUGAUGAUUGGUGGUACGAGGAUGUCUCGUUUCUUAACUUACCGUUGUACAAACAAUUUAUUGUAGCAUUGGAGUCGAAAGGAAUGAAACCUGAGAACAUCUCCGCGUCUCUUAUAUACUACGCGAAGAAGUAUCUCCCCUCGAUGAAUAGGCAAUCGAGCUUCAACGCUAGCUCCAAUCAUCUCAAUCAUAUUGGCGGAACUGUCUCGUAUAGUUCCGAGGCGGAUCAACGCAAUCUUCUUGAAGAAAUCGUCAAUUUACUUCCUUACAAGAAAGGGGUGACUUCUCCGAAAUUUCUGCUCCGGCUGCUACGGACCGCGAUGGUGUUACACGCUAGUCCGUCAAGCCGAGACAAUUUGGAGAAAAGGAUCGGUGGUCAAUUAGACCAAGCUGUGUUAACAGAUCUUCUGAUACCAAAUGUGGGAUAUUCUGUUGAGACACUUUAUGAUAUAGAUUGUGUUCAGAGGAUUCUUGAUUAUUUCAUGUCGUUACAGCAAGAUACGCCUUUCUCGCCGUGUAUUGUUGAAGAGGGUCAGUAUCUUGGGGGGAGUAAUGACGCGUUAACGCCGGUGACGAUGGUGGCUAGUCUGAUGGAUGGCUUUCUUGCUGAGAUAGCACCUGAUGUUAAUCUGAAGCUGCCCAAAUUUGAGCUGAUUGCUGCUACUAUACCUGAUUAUGCAAGACCUGUCGAUGAUGGAGUUUAUCGUGCUGUUGAUGUUUAUCUCAAGGCACACGCUUGGCUUACAGAUUUAGAAAGAGAGCAGCUUUGCAGACUCAUCAACUGCCAGAAACUGUCAUUAGAAGCCAGCACUCAUGCAGCUCAGAACGAAAGGUUACCUCUCAGAGUGAUCGUCCAAGUCCUUUUCUUCGAACAGCUUCGACUCCGAACUUCUGUUUCGGGUUGGUUCUUCGUCUCAGAGAAUCUUGACUCCCAGAAUCCCAGCGGAAACAUCGGACUCUCCAAAAAGAAUGGUGCCUGUCAGGAAAAUGACGUGACAGAUCGUGUUUCUGAGCUCGAAAAGGAAUGUUCGAACAUGAAAGAAGAGCUUCAGAAACUGAUGAAAUCGAAAAAGAAAUGGACAAUCUUUUCGAAAAGGUUUAGUUUUAAACAGAAGAUGCCGCCUUGCAAUUCGAAAAGAUCAUGCGAUUUGAAGAACCCGAUUGUGUCUGCCAGUAAAUUGCAGAAUCAUGAGAAUGGAGAUGUGGCUUAAUAAAUGUUUCAGUUUUUAGUUUCUUGAUCAAAGUUAUCAUUAUGUGUUUUACUUUGUUUGUUUAUUUGAAUUCCAUUUUAGAAUUUUCUUUUCUUCUGCAGAUGACAGAGCUAUCAUAACAUUCACUUUCUUGUUUAGGAGCAAAGAUUGUAGUGGAGUUAAUUUCUAAUUAAUUUAAUUUGUUCA